UCUCCUCUCUCUCUCUCUAUAUAGAAUAGAUAGAUGAUCCAAAGCUGGCGGCAUAUCAUAUCAUGCACGCAGGGUAAUUGAUCUGAUCGAUCGGAGUGAUGAAAGAAGAAGGUGGUUGCGGCGGCGGCGGCAUGAGCUUCCAGUCUCUUCUGACGGCGGUGUCAAUAGGCGCAGAGAAAGAUGGGAUGAGGCGUGUGGCGGUGUCAGCAAGCGAGGAGCUGAUGAGGCAAAUGGCGGUGCGGCAGGAGCAUGACAUCUUCAAUGCCGCAACGCCGCCCGUUUUCCCAGCAUCCACCGGCCUUGUUCUUGCCUCUCCGCUUACCCUUCUCCAUAUGUUCAUGGAUCCGGAACAGUGGUCAAGUGUGUUCUCCAAUAUUGUUUCAACAGCAACCACUCUCGAAGUUCUGUUCCCCUGGGAGAAGGAAAAACCUAAUAAUGGAGCUCUCCAAGUGAUGACUGCGGAGUUUUAUCUUCCUUCACCACUGUUUAGGGGUGGAGAGGUCAAAUUUGCAAGAAUGUGCAGAGAAACAGGCUAUAAGACUUGGGUGGUAGUUGAUUUUUCCCUGGAAACUGUGUUUCCCGGCGCCGGCGCAAUAUCAUCUCACCCUACAAGAAGAAGACCCUCUGGCUGUUUAAUCCAAGAACUUCACCCCGGAGUGUCUAUGGUGACUUGGGUAGACAACAUGCAGUGCGGUACAUGAUCAUGGUACUUUUGUUCAAAACAUGUUCGGAAGCUUACUCACUUCCAAUUUUCCGUUUAGCGCAAACCGAUGGAUAUCUGCAUUGGAGAGGUAUUAUGACAAGAUUGUGGCUUUGGAGGGGCAAGGAGAUAAUAAUAAUUAUAAUGGCUACCAUUUUCAACAGCCACCUGCGCCUAAUGGGCUAGGCAUCGGAAAUAAAAACAUGUUGAAGCUAGCACAAAGGAUGAUGAAGCACUAUGCUCGAAAUGUGAUGAACAACAAAGAUGAUCCACGGAUGGUGUUACCCGCCACUUCAGGUGAUAUCUAUGUGAGAAGAGGCAACAACAUCUUGGAUGCAACAGGCCUUUCUCUUGGCGUUGCACUAACUAUAUCUACAUCACUUUACUUGCCCGUUCCUCACGACCGCUUGUUUAACUUUCUAAGAAGUGGAAGUAACCGCAAUCUGUGGGAUAUAUUGUCCAUUGACUCUAAUAUUCGGGACGAUGUGAACAUAUAUUCUUCCCGAGAUCCUGCAAAUUCUAUUUCACUUCUUAUAGUUGAGUCUCCAGCAAGAGAUAAGAAUGUGGUUGAAGCAACAAAGAUUUACCUGCAAGAGAGCUAUACAGAUUCGGUGGCAAUGUACGUGGUUUAUGCGCCAGUGGAUAUGGACUCUGUGUGCUACUUACUAGACAACGGGAAAGAUGGUGUGGAUCAUGUUAAGAUAAUGCCUUCUGGAUUUGCUAUUCUUCCUGAUGUUGCUGUUGUAAUUGAUGGUACUUCAAGUGGUAGUCACUACUUACAACCCACACAACAAGAGAAUGUUGUCCCAAGUGGUGGAAGUAUUCUGACCAUCUCAUUUCAGAUAUUGGAUGAGAAGAUCUCUUCCGUUGAUUAUCUUCCACCAGAGUCAGUAUUGAUUGUACGUGGACUUGUUUGUAAAACUAUUUCCUUGAUCAAAGAUGCACUACUUAAGUAAUAAUUAGAUAUUCAUGUGUGUGUGUGUGCGCGCGCGUGCAUGUGCGUGUGUGCGUGCGUGCGCGCGCGCGCGCGCGCGUGUGUGUGUGUGUGUGUGGGCGCGCACAUGUGUACGUAGGUAGGUAGGUAUGUAUGUGUGUGUGUGUGUAUGUGUGUCUGUGUGUCUGUGUGUCUGUGUGUAUGCAUGUAU